AUGAGAAAGACAGUCGGUCAUGUGGUUGAGAAGAGAGAUGGAAGACGUCAUAAUGAAGAUAUUAGAAAACACCAGAUAAUAAAGGCAAGUAAAUCCAUUCGGUUUGAAAACUACUUGAGAAACAGAUCACAGCUCUUCAUACACCAAAGGAUACAGAGAGCCAAGAAACCUUUUGAAUGCUCAGAGUGUGGAAAGAGAUUCAGUCAGAGUGGCCAUCUUCAGGUGCAUUUUAGAACCCACACAGGGGAGAAACCUUUUGAAUGCUCAGAGUGUGGACUGAGAUUCAGGCAUGCUAGCAGUCUUAAACUGCAUCAGAGAACCCACACAGGGGAGAGACCUUUUGAAUGCUCAGAGUGUGGAAAGAGAUUCAGUUCGAAUGGCAGUCUUCAAGAGCAUCAGAGAACCCACACAGGGGAGAAACCUUAUGAAUGCUUAGAGUGCGGAAAGAGAUUCAGUCGGAGUGGCAGUCUUCAGCUUCAUCAGAGAACCCACACAGGGGAGAAACCUUUUGAAUGCUCCAAGUGUGGAAAGAGAUUCAGUCGGAGUGGCACUCUUCUACUGCAUUACAGAACCCACACAGGGGAGAAACCUUUUGAAUGCUCAGAGUGUGGAAAGAGAUUCAGUCAGAGUAGCGCUCUUCUACAGCAUCAGAGAAGCCACACGGGGAAGAAACCUUUUGAGUGCUCAGAGUGUGGCAAGAGAUUCAGUUACAGUGGCGAUCUUCGGAAGCACCAAAGAACCCACACAGGGGAGAAACCUUUUGAAUGCUCAGAGUGUGGCAAGAGAUUCAGUUACAAUGGUGAUCUUCGGAAGCACCAAAGAACCCACACAGGGGAGAAACCUUUUGAAUGCUCAGAGUGUGGAAAGAGAUUCAGUCAGAGUAGCGCUCUUCUACAGCAUCAGAGAAGCCACACGGGGAAGAAACCUUUUGAGUGCUCGGAGUGUGGACAGAGAUUCAGUUAUAGUGGCCAUCUUCAGAAGCACCAAAGAACCCACACAGGGGAGAAACCUUUUGAAUGCUCAGAGUGUGGCAAGAGAUUCAGUUACAGUUGUGAUCUUCGGAAGCACCAAAGAACUCACACAGGGGAGAAACCUUUUGAAUGCUCAGAGUGUGGAAAGAGAUUCAGUCGGAGUGACCAUCUUCAAGAGCAUCAGAGAACCCACACAGGGGAGAGACCUUUUGAAUGCUCAGACUGUGGAAAGAGAUUCAGUGAGAAUAGCAGUCUUCGGAAGCACCAUAGAACCCACACAGGGGAAAGACCUUUUGAAUGCUCAGUGUGUGGAAAGAGAUUUAGUCAGAGUGGCAGUCUACUACAGCAUCAGAGAACUCACACCAGUGAGAAACCUUUUGAAUGCUCAGAGUGCGGAAAGAGAUUCAGUCAGAGUGGCCAUCUUCAACGGCAUCAGAGAACCCACACAGGGGAGAAACCUUUUGACGGCUCAGGGUGUGAAAAGAUAUUCAAUACCAGUGUCAAUCUUCUACUGCAUUAA